AUGAUGAAUAAUUUGCAGACAGAGUACAUGAGUGGUACUGAUGACUCGGGCCCUCCUUCUGGAAGGGACGGCGCCGAAUCGGUUUCGUCGGAAAGCAGUUAUGCACGUUCUGGCAGCGAUUCGUCAACCAGCCGAAGUCGUCCGGAUUUUGGAGCGCCAAAAGAUGCAUGCCCAAGCCGGCCCCUCUCCCCGGAGACUCAACAAUUCCCCGCCACCGGCAUGGUAAUACGACAAAACCGCACACCGCGCGACUUCUUCUUCGUCAAAACCCUUGGAGAGGGCUCGUUCAGUACGGUUUAUUUGGCCCGUGAAGUUGCGAGCGGAAAGCAAUACGCGAUAAAGGUGGUGGCGAAGGAUAUCAUCAACCGGAAAAAGGGCAGCAAAGAUGGAGGAUUUUCGGCGGCUCAUGUAUUGCGUGAGAAGAAUAUCAUGGCUGCACUUACCUAUAUUCACGGAGGCCAUCCAUUUGUCAUCAGCCUCUACUGCACAUUCCAAGAUCCGCAUCGGCUAUAUUUUGCGAUGUCUUACUGUAAGAAGGGAGAACUCCUCGCUACCCUCCAGCAGCUCGGAGCUUUUGACGAAGAUACUACCCGCUUCUACGCUGCUGAAAUCCUUUCGGGACUGCAGUUCCUUCACAAAUGUAACGUGGUACACCGUGACCUCAAACCCGAAAACAUCCUCUUCCAAGAAUCCGGCCACAUCGCCAUCAGCGACUUUGGCUCAGCCAAGUUAAUGGAUGAGCAGAACGAGCAAGAGGAUGAGGAUAAGCCAAGGACUCACCAGGUGGCCAAGAGGAGAUCAACAUUUGUUGGAACCGCUCAAUACGUUUCACCUGAAAUGUUGACUGGAGUUGGAGUUGGGCCUGCCUGUGACUACUGGGCCUUCGGGGCAAUCAUUUAUCAAAUGCUCUCCGGUCAACCACCAUUCCGAGCCGCCAAUGAUUUCCAAAUGAUGAAGAAAAUCCAGACCCUAGACUACACUUUCCCAGAAGGAUUCCCCGUGAAGCCAAUGGACCUAGUGGCCAAAAUGUUGGUGCUCAAACCCGAAGAUCGGCUGGGCAGCGAAGAACGAGGAAAGGUGGAAGCUAUCAUGAAUCAUCCCUUCUUUGAGGAAACCGAUUGGGAUAUUCUACCGGAGUUGGAACCCCCGAUCCUUCAUCCCUUCCUCCCGGCACAAGGAGAAGAACCUGCCUUUUAUUCGGAGCUCACAAUCGAGCCCGGGUUGGACGAAAAAGCGAUAUCUCGCCUACUCGGGCUUCAAGAAUUCGGUGGACCAUCGACCAACUACUCGAUUGACAAGGACAUCGAAGCGUUAAUUGCACCUCAAAUCACGAGCCCUUCAGUGGACAAGAACUUCACGCCGAACUUUGGCGGCGAUAAACUGGGCUUGAGGAAAGAAAAUCAGAAGAGGAACGAUUUGUUGGAUAAGCAACGGAUAGAGAACCCCUUCCACAGGUUUGUCGAUGAGAAUCUUGUGCUGAAAAGCGGAUUCUUGGAUAAGAAGAAGGGGUUGUUUUCGAGAAGGAGAAUGUUUUUGCUAACUGAGGGACCUCAUCUUUAUUAUGUCGAUUCAUCAAAUAUGGAACUUAAGGGCGAAAUCCCUUGGAGUACUUGUAUGAGGACGGAAAUCAAAAACUUUGGAACGUUCUUCAUUCAUACGAGCAAUCGCACCUACUACCUCUAUGACCCUGAAAAGAAGGCAGUGGAUUGGUGCAGAGCUAUCGAUACGGUAAAAGCCCGAUACGCAAGCGAGUUAGCUGCUCUGGGCAACGCUCAAACGGUCGAUCCACUCAUCUACAAACGAAAGAAAAGCCAUGGCUCGCCGAAGAAAGAAAAGAAAAAGGACCGUCACCACGACAAAAAAAAGCUCGAAAAGGUCCAAGAAAACGAGCGGAUUGCGGUC